CUAUAUCACGGGUAGUAUCUAAAGCCCCGCUAUGAUUUAAAAAUCGCGAGCAAGUUCCCGCUGAAAUCGCGAGGAAUAAAAAGAAGUCAUGGGUUCUUUUUUGUGUUCUUGAAUUGUAUGAUUUACAAAACGUUUUCUUUUAAUUUUUCCCAAUGAUUACAUGGUAUUGAGACUAAAAAAGCAACUGCUGGAAAAAAUGUAUCACGAACGGUCGUUCUGUGGUUCGUUAUUUGUCAAUUGAAGAGAGAAAGUAUCAUUUUGAAUCUUUAUCUUUAUAUUUCUAUACGUUAUUGGUGAAGAACGAUGUUGUCCUGUGGUUGAAAUAACGAUAGUGAUAUGAAAUAAAGAUGUACCGAGUUUCGCUUCCUAAAGCUUUACAGAACAUUUUAUAUUUAAAUUUUAUCAUAUCCCUCAAGGCCCCGCUUCUAGCAGGAGCAAUAAAGCAAAGAUCCCGCUGAAAUCAGGAGGAGGCCCCGCUGAAAACAUGAGGAGGUCCCGCUGAAAACAGGAGCAAGUGUCUCUCAAAAAUGGAGUGAAUCCCGAUUAUACCCUGAAAAUCUCCCACUUUCGUACCCACCUUGAUCCACUAUUGUAACCAGUUUGAUGAAUACAUUAUUUGUCAAUACAAUUCUCAAUAACAGCAAAUACAACUGUUAAUAUAGUUCAUAUUAUGAUACGUUGUUAUGGAAAACUGCAGUAUCAUAUUUCCAUGCCAUUUUACAGAAUAAGAAAGAUCAUCUGAGAAAUGUGAGUAUUAGAUCGGACGAAAUGUUAAACAUUUAACCUCAUUUUCAUAAUUUGAAGUAAUAUAAGUUAUUGAAUGAUUUGAAGUGCAAUGUAGGAUACAUUGUGCUCAAAAAAUUCUGUAUUGGCACGAGAUGAAAUCAUUUGGAAAUACAGCAUAUCGAGAGCACAAUAUAUCAUAUGUUGCACUUCAAAUCGUUGUAUAACGUUUUUUAUCGUGUGAUCUUACUACAUAGUCCAUAGGAAAUAUUCUGUAUUCUCUGUAUUGCAACUGUCCCCUCUGUUCCAUCUUUGAGUAAAAGUCGAUAUUCAGUAAGAUACACGAAUAAGCGUGCGUUUAGGUCAACAUAAAAUGAUUUAGUCAGAACAAUGUUUAUGAAUAUUAUUCCGACAUCAAUCUCCUGUUGCUUACUUGCUUGCUCGCUUCCUCCCUUCCUUGCUUCUGUGCUUCCUUCCUUCCUUGCUUCCUUCCUCGCUUCCUCACAUCCUUCCUUCGUCGCUUCCUUCCAUCCUUGCUUCCUUCCUUCCUCGCUUUCUUCCUUCUUUGCUUCCUUGCUUCAUUCCUUCCUUGCUUCCUCACUUCAUUCCUUCGCUUCCUCCCUUCCUUCCUUCCUCACUUCCCUCCUUUCUUUCUUGCUCCCUUCCUUGCUUCCCUCCUCGCUUCCUUCCUCGCUUCCUUCCUUCCUCCCUUCCUUGCUUCCUCGCAUUUUUGCAUCCUUCCUUCCUCGCUUCCUUCUGUCCAUCCUUGCUUCCUUCCUUCCUUUCUUGCAUCCUCCCUUCCUCGCUUCCUCCCUUCCUUGCUUCCUCACUUCCUUCCUUCCUCGCUUCGUUCCUUCCUUGCUUCCUCGCUUACUUCCUUCCUCGCAUCCUUCCUUCCUUGCUUCCUCCUUUCCUUGCUUCCUCCCUUCCUUGCUUCUUUCCCUCCUUGCUUCCUCGCUUCCUUCCUUCCCGGCUUCCUUCCUUCCUUGCUUCUUUCCUUCCUAGCUUCCUACCUUCCUUUCUUCCUCGCCUCUUCUUUUCUUGCUUCCUUCCUUCUUUGCUUCCUUCCUUCCUCGGAUCUUUCCUUUCUCGCUUGCUUCCCACCUUGCUUCCUUCCUUCCUU